AUGUAUCUGUGCUAUGUACUCUGUAGAAAUUCCGGAGAAUAUCUGGCUCUACCAAUAACUGUGAACGUGGUUCUCAUAAUCUCUAAUAUACUGGCAGGGUUCGGAGCUAUAUUCAGGAGAUCUCUUCUCCUCCUACCCUGGAUACUUGGAUAUCUAGGAGAUCACUUCUCCUCCUNGGGUGAUCAGAAAUAUCUGGCUCUACCAAUAACUGUGAACGUGGUUCUCAUAAUCUCUAAUAUACUGGCAGGGUUCGGAGAUAUAUUCAGGAGAUCUCUUCUCCUCCUACCCUGGAUACUUGGAUAUCUAGUCUAUAUCCUGUUCGCAGCAGCUCUUUUGGUCUAUCUGAUGGUUCUUUUACCAGAUUUCUGGUUUAAGAUUUUAUUGUUCUUGGUCGUAGCUCCCCUCAUCCUUAUCACAGCUUCCUUCUGGAUAGUUGUGGUCAGAUUGUUCACUAUUUUCAGGAGGAAAGUAAGAAAAGUAAAAUCUAUGGGUGUAGCUGUCCCUGCAACUGUGUACACUCCUGAACCUCACAGCUGGGAUGUUCCUUUGCCUAUCUGGGCUCUACAGCCACCAACCUCUACCUGGGAUCCAGCCUUCCUGCAGCAGAUAGAUCCAAGGUAUCUGGAUACACCUCAGCAGUCCAGGGAGACGAGCAGAUCUCGGAAAAGUUCGAGUCGUUCAAGAUCAAAAUCUGGAGAUUCUCAGAGCUACAGAGAAAGACAUUCGGAUAGCAUGUCCCUGUCCGAAAAGUACGGGGCAGGUGUCUAUGAAAGUGAUAGACAGACAGACAUGCAGUCUGUUGAAGCAUAUGAAAGUGAUAGACAUCCAGAUAUUCAGUCUGUUGCAGCAUAUGAGAGUGAAGGACUACCCAGUGGAGAACGAAGUUUUACAGAUUGGGACACAAGGGACGAAGAGGAUUACUCUGAGGGAGAAGAUUACCAUGAAGAUGGAACAAGGAGAAGGUUUAAAAAGAACUCUAGAGAUAUCUCCCUGGAUCCGGAUACUUCCAUAGAGAACAUUUACAGAGAAGAGAAUACAUCCAUAGAGAACAUUUCUACAGAGAGGGGACAUGAAAUAGAGGUCGUAACUGAGAAUAGAUUUGAUGAGAGUAGAGAUGAAUAUGAUCUUUCAAUACCUAGACCUAGACCUAAAUCCAGAUCUGAAUCUCUGGCACUCUCGGAUAAAUAUGGAAACUCAUCAGAAAGAUACAGCAAUCUGAGAGUUGAAGAAGAAAUCAUUGUUAACUUCUCAAACAGAGAAUACUUGGACAAAUGAUGGAAAUAUUUAACAGCGAAAAUAUGUUUGUGAUAAAAACAAUUGGACACUCGGAUUUAUGUUUACUUAAGACAAUUAAAAAAGAAAAUCCCAGUCCUACGCGGCUUCGGAUUCUCAACCUUUUGAAUACCUCUGAAAUUAGAGAAAAUUGAGAAUUUAGUUCCGAUUUUAUUCAAAUGAUCAAAUAAAGGCCAAAUUCUCUGACUGUCCAAAAUCUCCGUUAUUUUUAUUAAACUAUUACAUAACAUAUCUCGUUUUUUCUCCUAAAUUUAAUGAAACUAGACCUGCGCAAAUGUUCAAUGUGCAUAUUUUGUAAUAAACUUAAUAAACUUA